AUGAAAUUAAAGCUAUAAUUUCUUUUUACGUUUGGAUUAAUUCUAACUUAGGUUAAUACUUAGUCUGGUGGAGGUAGUUAGCCAAUAGCAAGUUGGAACUAUUGUAUGAAUUAAUAAAUAACGCCUUGUCCUAAUGUUUGCAUUUAAUCUGGAUAUACUAGUGAUUAAAAUAGCACUUUAUGUCUUCCACCAUAAUACUCUUUUUGCUAUGGAAUUACUGACGCAUGCAAUUCAAACUCACCAAAUUAUUUAAAAGCAUGCACAGAUUACGGCUUUUAUAACGAUACAGGCUCUGAUACUUGCUAGCCUCCUACUUGUAUAGAUGGAGUUAAUCCUUGUCCUACAGUUACAACUUAUUGUUUUGAUUUUAAUUAUACAAAUAUAAAUGGAACAUGUGGAUGUCAUCCCCCUUAAUUGGAUUGGCUAGGGUAAUGCACUGAUGCAACUUUUUCGCUCAAGCUAAUUGGCUUCUUUAGUUUAAUAGUGAUUUUAGCUUAUCCAUUUGUUUGA